CGCUGCCACACGGCUUUGAUAAAUGAGACAGAGGGGAUCAGAAGAAAAGUUACUUACAGAGGAUCGAACGAGUUGUGAAGUCCACGGAGUCAUCAUGCAGGACAGAAGGUUUUGGGAGCCGGAUACCGUUCUGCAGCUCGGAGGCGUUAAGCAGUCGUCUCCUCGUUCCCACAAUCUCCUUCCACACAAACCCUUUAAAGGCUGUCUCUGCAAUGUCGUUCUUAAUAAGCAAGUGUAUGACCUAGCAGCCCCGCUGGAGGCAGUUAAUAGCUCCCCAGGCUGCGCGAGGAAGGGUACAGCUUGCUCAUCACCCGCACCCUGCGACUCUCCUUGCGUCAGUGACCCCCGGACCCCCAGCUGUGAUUGCCCACCUGCUCACCAGGAGCGCGGAAAAGAAGCUGCCUACAUCCAGCAAGCGCUUUCAUGCGACAGCUUAAAGGUCUAUCACAUGGAAGGAGACGGCUCCCCGGCGGGCAGCCUCAGCACGCUGGCGUCGUCCGGAGCCGAGGGGGACGUGGAGUACGAGGAGGAGAUGAGACGGUGGGGGCCAAAGUUUGUGACUCUCUCUAAACUCUACUCUUACACGGCCGCCGAGGAUCUGCAGUGAAAGAGCGAUGAUCGGGAAAGACAUCCUAUGCUUUUGGCAGAGACUUGCGGUGAUAACAUUGAGGAUUGUGCAGCCAAAGCAACAAUGGUUUGAUCGGGAGAAGCUGCAGAAAUAAAGGAGAGAAAGCGGACCAAAGAGCUUACAGUCUAACCAGUGGUAUCCCCUCGCUCACCUUGGGACCAAG